UACUUGUCAUAAAUCAAACUUGUAAUUUAAUAUUGUUGUGAAGUUAAAGCUUAGGUAAAAGAACUGUCGGACAGGUCGGGCAAACAACCGAUAACAACAGAAAAUGAAUGAGCCGACUCUCAAUUACGUUCAAUAAACGGCUUUGUUAAUUGAUAUUUUCUACUGGCUUUAUCAUUUUAACUGCAAACUUUAUUAAAAUGUAGACAAAACAAUGUUCGUAUAUUGUACUUAGGUGCGUGAUUAACUUAUAGUCGCACAACUGACAGAAUGGCCGGCUAAUAUGUUUGUUAUUAAUUGGCCGAAGAGUUUGUUAAUCGUAGAUAUGAAUAUGUAUUUGUAAUGUUUCCAGUGAUGUUGCAUGGUGCGGGACACAUGCGAGCGCGGAUCCGCCGAUAAUCGGCGAUCGUCGUUAUCGCGUCCGUCGCGCUGUCCGGCGCCGCUCCAUCUCGACCACGCUCAUUCCAACCCCGGGACGCAGCGCAGACGCCUGUCUGCACCUCAUCCUGAUCAUUAGUUUUCCUAAAUACGUUCUUGUGUUAAGAACCAUAAAUUAAACUGGCGACACCAACGCAACAGAGAUUAAGCAAUUGUCAACAAUGUUUUGUGAAGGCUCUGGAUCACUCUUCGAAGAGGCUCUUCUCAACGACCAGCCCCUCUUCGACUACUCUCCUGCGGAAAGUCUUAUAAACUUUGAAUUGCCAUCUCUGGAUUCUGAUGGCGAUUGGCAGCUUAGUGAUUUAGAUCUGAAUUGUGAUAGUUUUAUAAACAGUGUGAGUGAUGUAAACAAGGAAGCCUCAAAUAUCCUUGAUGGAUCAGUAUUCGAUUUUGCUGAUUUGGACAAAAGUAUAAUUGAUGAGUAUCUCUUGGAAGCACUGAGCAGUGAUCUUUCCAAUGACUCGGCGCAGUCUCCCCAGUCAAAUACCGACUCAACCUUCAGCACCGACUCCUUAUGUGCAUUGGAGACCCAUGAUUAUGUCACGGUGGACAACUCCUGGCCGAGUAAACCGCGUCCUUACGAGAAGACCGAGGUGAAAGUUCGUUCAUUUGGAGAGCCAAAGUUCCCAGAACUGGGUGCUUUUCGUUGUCCAGUAGAGGACUGCGGUAAACUAUACGCGAAGGCGUCGCAUGUGCGGGCGCACUUACGUCGGCAUAGUGGUGAGAAGCCUUACCGGUGUACGUGGGGAGAGUGCUCGUGGAGGUUCGCGCGGUCGGACGAGCUGGCGCGGCACCGGCGCAGCCACUCGGGCGACAAGCCCUACCGCUGUGCAGAGUGCGGCAAGCAGUUCGCGCGCUCCGACCACCUCGCCAAGCACGGGCGCGCCCGCCGCGCCGCCGCCGCAGCCGCCGCCGCCCGCAGAGCCGCAGCAGCACCGCACGCGCACCGGAGGUCUACGAGAGGACUGCUACUUUUAUGAUUACAAAUAGUUUUGUAUAGACUGAGAGAUAUAUACGUGAUAAGUUUCUUAAGACAAAUCAAAUCCUAAUACCGUACCGAAUGACAUAAAACACAAUGUAGUAAAACUGAAAAGGAGCAUUGAUUUAUUAAGAUUUGUUCAAAGUCCCUUAAAGACUGAAUUUUCUACAACAAUUAAUAAUUUUAAUUAUAAACGAUCAUUUGUUGGUCAAUCAUCAACUUUAUUAGGCUACUAUUAACUUCUCAUUGAUAAAAUUACCCAUUGUUUGAAUACCUAAUAGACAAAUAACUUAUAGGUGUACAAAUGUUUAAUGGAACAUUAGCAUCUAGACUUACUUAAUUAGUUUUUAAACAAAUGGUUUUUAGGUGAAUUUUAUUACUUGGCAUAAGUGUUUUAUGUGUAUUGUUGCAUAUCAACUGUGCUGUGACGAGAGGGCUUUGUGAAUACCUACCUACCAAAUAUGUAAUUAAAUAUCAAUUAAAUUAAAUAAGGUGUUAAAAUAAGUUUACUAUUUAAUAAGUUAAUGCUGUAAAUAUAGUUUUAAUGCAAAUCGUUACCUAUGUGAAAUAAUAAUAAAAAAAUAUAAAUAUGGUA